CUCCCACUACACAUAAUAGUCUUGUCAAUGGUCUCCCUAUCCAUCCAGAAUAAACACAAUACACACCCACUAGAUACUUACAUAGGAUGCCAAACGAAGGACUAUCGAACAAUCCCACCACAGCCGAUCGGCUGAUCGAUCUCUCCCUACCAACCCACUCCGAUCCAACUCACCACCGUAGGCCCUCCGUGGGAACUCCGACCAGCCCACCCACUGCCUGCCAACUCACCUCACCUCAUUUCCCCGUCGCACUCGCCAGACCCGCAGACUGGCAAACACGUCCAAACGCUAAACGCUAAUUUAAUCUGUUUUGCUCUGCUCUGUUCCAGGCUUCCAGCAGGCUUCUGUGACAAGUUCUGUCGCCCCAUUCGAGUCGCCUGCCUGGUUCGUAGUUCGUAUUCCACCAGUCAACGCAUCCCA